CAGGCACUUGGAGCUGGUUCACAGCACUCAGAGUAUCCAGGAGCCCCAGCACUUAGCAAACAGUCGCCGACCGAUCCAUGGACUCCGACGCCAGCCUGGGCUCCAGCCGAGCCUCCUCCCCGGAGGUGGAUGACCUAUUCCUGCACUCGCGGAGAGGGGGCGGUGGGUUCUCGGCUGCCGUGUCCUCGUCCACCAUGAGCGACUCCCCCGCGGAGCUGAGCGCGGAGCUCCGCAAUGCUAUGGCCAUGGCGGCCGCCGCGGGGGACAAGCUGGGGGCUUUUAAAGCGGCAGCGGCGGCGGCGGCGGCAGCCAAGAAGGACAAGAAGCAGAUGAGCGAACCCGAGCUGCAGCAACUGAGGCUGAAAAUCAACAGCCGGGAGCGCAAGAGAAUGCACGACCUGAACAUCGCCAUGGACGGCCUGAGGGAGGUCAUGCCCUAUGCCCACGGCCCCUCUGUCCGCAAGCUCUCCAAGAUCGCCACCUUGCUGCUCGCCCGCAACUACAUCCUCAUGCUGACCAACUCCCUGGAGGAGAUGAAGCGGCUGGUCAGUGAGAUCUAUGGGGGCCACCACCACCAUGCAGCAGCGGCAGCCGCAGCAGCAGCGGCAGCCUAUCACCCAACAGCAUGCGGGGGCAUGAGCCAUGGGGGGCCCCUACCUGGACACCCGGUGGGACACCCUGUCCACCACCCAUUACUGCCAUCCCCAGCAGCCUCCCUGACUUCUGGCAUCUCUGGGGUGAGGUCAGCCCCACCACCCCCUCCACCACCAACAGGUCCACCUUCAUCACACCCAGCUUCUCAUGGGCUUCUCAAGUCUCCCAGUCCAGGUGCCGGGCCCCUGGGUGGGGGGUUUCCACACUGGAGUGGGAUGCCCUGCCCCUGUAGCAUGUGCCAGGUCCCCUCUGCAGCCCACCAUCACGUGAGUGGGACCACCUUGUCCAGGCUCAGCACAGACUCCAAGUGACUAUAUAUGCAUGGGAGGUAUCCCGAGCUCCCUCCACACAGACAUAGAUAAUGGUGACUUCUAGCUCCCAGGCAGAGAAGCUGGGUAUGUUCAAUGCUGAGAUGCCUUUCAGUGAACUAGCACAUCAGAUCUGUUUUUUGCACAGGCCUAAGAGAGCCUCAGAGGUCUCUUCUUUGAUGGUGAUGCUUGAAGCAGGACCAGUGGUAAAUGGAACAGGAAUAAAAAGGCUUCCUGGGAUAAAUUGUUGGUCCACUAAAAGAUAUCACAGUCUAUACAUCAGACACAGGGAACUAGUAAAGGCAUGUAUCCCUAUGUUGUGGGUGUGAUGUGAUUGAUGGGGGCUGCUCUGAUUCUUUUUAUUGCAUAUUGUGGUGCAUCUCUUUGUUUUGCUGAAGAAUUAGACAAAGGGGUCGUGGGCCAUUCAAGUCAUUCUAGAGACAGAUCACACGCUUCUUCCCAGGGAUGUUACAGGUGUCUCUUUAAUUGAUGUGUGCUCUCACACACAUUACUGCAGGUCUAGAGAGAGAGA